AUGACCAAAGGACUGUUUCUGCACACGCUUCAGAGGCAACACCAAUCUUUAUUUGCACCUGGUCCAGUUCAGAGCCACCAGACCCGGGGCCAGCACUCCAGUUCAUCCCAAGCACAGAAGGCUGGACCCCGUGCCCUCUGUGGAGUGGUUCACCCCACUCCAGCCACUGUCACCACUGCCCUGCUGGAAGAUCCCGUUCAUCCGCGAGGCGGAGCAGGCAAGGCGGCCCAGCCGGGGGACUACGGCAGCGAUGGCGACUACCUGUUGUUGGGCAGCCUGCGCGUGAGCGGCGCGGGCGGUGCCGGCGCGGGCAAGACGGUCAAGUGCGUGUUUCUAGAUGAGGACGACGACGAGGACGAAGAGGAGCUGCAGCUGAGGAUCAAGCAGGAGGUGGACGAGGAGGACCAGGAGCCGCCGCACCAGCAACUCCUGCAGCCACCCGGGCAACAGCCGCCACAGCUGCUGAGACGCUACGACGUCGCCAAAGUGCCGAGCAGCUCGGCCGAGUCCCCCGAGGGCGCGAGUCUCUACGACGAGGUGAGGGCAGGCGCGACCUCCGGCGCUGGGGGCGGCAGCCGUCUCUACUGCAGCUUCAAGAACAUCACCAAGCUCGCGCAGCCCGCGCUGUCGCCCGCAUCCGCGCGCUCCGUCUCCACUUGGUCUUCGUCCAGCAGCGGCAGCAGCAGUAGCAGCAAGGACGCCGACGACCUGAUGUUCGACCUGAGCUUGAAUUUCUCCCAAAGCGCGCACAGCGCCGGCGAGCAGCAGCUGGGGGGCGGCGCGGCGGCGGGGAACCUGUCCCUGUCGCUUGUGGAUAAAGAUUUGGAUUCGUUCAGCGAAGGCAGCCUGGGCUCCCACUUCGAGUUCCUCGACUACUGCACGCCGGAGCUGAGCGAGAUGAUCGCGGGGGACAGGCUGGAGGCGAACUUCUCCGACCUGGUGUUCACGUAUUGAAAGGGGCGCCCGGCUUCUCGCUCUUUCUCUCGGCGGGUGCCGGGUUCCUCGGGAGGAAGUCGUGGUGGUCAGGAUAAUGAUGAUGAUGAUGAUGAUGAUGAUGAUGAUGAUGAUGAUGAUGAUGAUGGUGGUGGUGGUAGUGGUGUUGGAUGGUGGUGGUGGUAGGGUGGGGAGAGAAAAAGAUGCUGAUGAUAUUGAUAAAAUGUGACGCAAAGAAAUUGGAAAAGAUGAUGAAAAUUUUGGUGGAGUUAAAGUGAAUUGAGUAGUUUUAAAAUAUUUUUCCUCUCCUUUUUUUUUGUUUCCCCUCCC